AUGCCAGAAGUUUCCUUUUUGGAAGUUGCCACGUCUUGGCCAUUCAGUCACGAACUGUCCAAAAAGCACAUUGCCCAGACUCAAUGGCCAGCCUUCUGGAUCUCAAUGGCCUAUGUGGUGGUGAUUUUUGGAAUCAAGGCUGCAAUGGUUAAUAGAAAACCAUUUGAUCUCACUGGUCCCUUGAACUAUUGGAAUGCCGCUCUUGCCAUCUUCUCUACAGCCGGAUCCGUUUUCACCUCUUUCGGCCUUCUUCACGAGUUCGUUACCCGUGGAUUCUUCGAGUCCUACAUCCACAUUGGAGACUUUUACAAUGGAUUUUCUGGAUUCUUCACUUGGCUUUUUGUCCUCUCCAAAGUUGCCGAAUUUGGAGACACUCUGUUCAUUGUUCUUCGCAAGAAGCCAUUGAUGUUCCUCCAUUGGUACCAUCACGUACUUACCAUGAACUACGCAUUCAUGUCUUUCGAAGCUAACCUAGGAUUUAAUACUUGGAUCACUUGGAUGAACUUCUCUGUUCACUCGAUUAUGUACGGAUAUUAUAUGUUGAGAUCUUUCGGAGUCAAGGUUCCAGCAUGGAUUGCUAGAAACAUUACAACAAUGCAAAUCCUUCAAUUCGUCAUCACUCAUUUCAUUCUCUUCCAUGUUGGAUACUUGGCUAUGACUGGACAAUCCGUUGACUCUACUACAGGAUACUAUUGGUUCUGCCUGCUCAUGGAGAUCUCUUACGUCGUUCUGUUCGGAAACUUCUACUACCAAUCGUACAUCAAGGGAGGUGGCAAGAAGUUCAAUGCCGAGAAGAAGACUGAUAAGAAGGCUGAAUAG